CUCCAUCCAAACUUGCCUUUUGUUCCUGCGCAUAACACUACAGUAAAUGAUGGACACUGCACAAGCUGCUACGGAGGCACCAGUGGUCACUUUCAAGAAGCGAAAUGUCAAAGCGAAGUCAACAAUAAGGAAAAGAGUUGCCACCCCUCCCUCUGACUCUGAUUCUGGAUUCACCUCCUCAGAAGACGAUGAAGGAAGGUCUAUCAAACGCCGACGCAAAACUGCUGGAGUAACAGCAUCUUCAGCAGAAAAUCCCACAGUUCGAAUAGCACCUACUGAAGAAACAACGAAUGCCGCAGUCGUGCGAACUACGAACAAAGAUGAUGCGACAAAGAGAUCAGACUGGUACGAUGAAGAGAGUUUGACGAGUGGGAAGUCGGCCACAAAAUCACAAGAUGCCACUGCUCCUGAUGGGACGUACAAAGGCACUGCGAAUUACCAAUCUUUUAUUCAGAAGAACCCGGAUCGUCAAGUCGGACCUCUCAAACAAUCGAGCAAUGUUAGAACAAUCACUGUCACAGAUUUUGCCCCUGAUGUGUGCAAAGAUUACAAGCAGACAGGCUUCUGUGGCUUCGGCGACAGUUGCAAGUUCUUGCAUGCAAGAGAAGACUAUAAACAAGGUUGGCAGCUAGACCGAGAUUGGGAAAUCGAUACCAAGGGCAAGAAAUUAACUGGCAAGACCGUGGCAUCUGCGAAUCGCGGCCACAACACUCAAGAUGAUGAUGACGAUGAGGCACUGCUCGAAAGCAUCCCGUUUGCCUGCAUCAUCUGCAAGAAGCCUUACUCGAACCCGGUCAUAACAAAGUGCGGACAUUAUUUCUGCGAAGCCUGUGCCCUGAAGAGGUAUCGAAAAGACCCUUCGUGUGCUGCAUGCGGUACUGGAACUGGUGGGGUGUUCAACGUUGGGAAGAAGUUGAACAGGAUAUUAGAUAAGAAGCGGGAGCGGGAAAGACUGAAACAGGAGAAAGCAGGUGAAGAAGAAUAGCCGGAGGAGGAGUUACACCUUCAAGGACUAUGAGCUUUGCUAUAUUAGCCCUAUGGUUUGUAUAUCUGGAGACAAUACUUCGCGAAGCGUCAUAAUUCUUCCCAACUACUUUUCUACUGUUCGCAAGCAUUUGACUCUUAUCACGAGUAAUACUCAACCGUAGCAUUCUAGGGUGAAUCAAGGAAUUGUUGUCCUUCGGUUCCGGCACCGAUCACAGUCAGUCGUUUCUUUCUCACCGUCACCC